AUGAAGUCCCGGAUUCGGUCAAGUUCGGUCAAGUUGACCCUUCGUGCCGAUCAAAUCCUCGUCGCUGAAAAAGUGUCUCGCGCGUCGCGUCGUCCCUUCCGCUUCCGUCGCGAGAGAAGGAAAUUCUCAACAUUGCAACGCGACGACCCACACGCCGACUGCGCCGGAUCUCGCACGGCGACGGCGGCGGGCAUGUCGUCCGCGGCCCUCCGCGCGCUCGCGGCGCGCCAGAGCGCGAACGCCAGCGCGCCGUCGUGCUCGCGCGCGCGUAAACCCGCCCGAACGCGCGUUCCCAUCGGCGACCGCGCCGCCCGAUGGAAUCGCGCGACGAGAUUCGCCGCGGACCCGGACCCGCGAUCGAUCCCCGGGAUCCCGCGCGCCGCGCCGAGCGACACCGUGGGCGUCCCGGGGAUCACCUGGGCGUCCAUGACGGAAGAGCAGAGGUACGAGGAAGCGUACGACAUGAUCGUUCGGCUCGCGACGACGUUGAACGCGUACGAGCACGUCGCGUUCACGUCGAGGGCGACCAACAUGGGCGCGUACGUGUACGAGUCGCUGUCGCGGGUGCCCGAGGAGCACCGAGGACUGCUCGUCAACGAGCUCACGGACCGCGGUCUGGAGAACUGCUGGUUCAUCGCGGGGCUUCUGUACAAGAUCAAGCUCGCGGAGAGAGAGAGCUCGGGAGGGCCGAUGGACGUGUCGAGCGACUUGGACGCGUACCAAGACAGGCUCGACCGCGCGGCGGCGGCGCGCGAUCGAUUCCGACGAAUCGCCGGGGAUUCGACGGAGGACGCGGAGACGGACGCGGAGACGGAGGACGACGACGAUUACGUCGUGGAGGACUCCGUGGACGAGGGGACGACGAAUAAGACGAAGACGAAGAUGUCGAGCGCGAGGAGGGAGAAGGUCUUCGCCGCGGGAGACGCCGGCGUGCAGGUGUUCGAAGGCCGCGCCGCGAACGUCCCGGGCGGGCCGCUCCUCAACCGGUUCCAAAAAGUGUUUUACCCCGCCCCGGGGGUGAACGAAAAAGGCGAGAUGACGGGCGUGUGGAACGGGCGCGUCGUCGUGAAGAAGCCGCGGUUCAUCGAGAAAGCGCUGCCGCUGUACUUCAGCACGAACGAUACGCUCGCGGGGCGGUUCCUUAAGGUUCCCGCCACCGCGGAGGACGCGGACGUGUCGCUCGACUACCAAAACAUUCCCUACCUCGAGUCGGACAUGCCGCCGGCGAUGCGAUACCCGAGCCGACGCACGCCCGGGGUGGACGGCGACGACGUGUGGUGGCCGAUACCGAAGAUCGCGCUCCCGCCGUUCGACACGCUCGUGGACUACAUCCGGCCGCUAGGGCCGGGGGUGUACGCCGGCAAAGGGUGGCGCGGCGGAGGAAAAGGCGCGGAGUUUUUGACGUUUUUGUUGUUCCGAAGAGUGGACGUCACCGAGGAGGAACUGGAGGCGCUGGAGAGGGAGGGAGGAGGCGCGGGCGAGGAAGCGUUCACCCUGGGCGAGGAAGAGGGCGCGUCGGCGCGUUGA